AUGUCUGCCUCCAAUCCCAACGGGAGACCCACGUCCACUGCUCCGACCCCGAACCAGGACCGCCUGAAGUCCUUCUUUGACGGCCACGACACCGCCGCCCAUGCUUCCCGCUGGGACGACUUGUGGAAAGCCGGGGAUUUCCUUCCCUGGGAUCGCGGUUUCGCCAAUCCGGCUUUGAUUGACACACUAAAGUCGAAGCCGGAGUGGUUGGGAGCGCCGACGAAGGCGGAUGGGACACGAAAGCGGGCACUGGUUCCUGGCUGCGGCAAGGGCUAUGACGUCGCCGUCCUCUCCGCUCACGGGUACGACGCGUAUGGUCUCGAAAUUAGCGAAAACGCCGCCGGGGCAGCUCAAGAAUGGUUGAAGAACCCCGGGGACGGCAAGGAAGGCGAGCAUAAAGUGCAGGAUGAGAAAGUGGGCAAGGGCGUUGCAAAGAUCCUCACGGGCGACUUCUUCAAGGACGAUUGGAGGAAAGAAGCUGAUUUGGGUGAAGGUUUUGAUCUGAUCUAUGAUUGUACGUUUCUCUCUGCCCUUCCCCCCGCCCUCCGUGGGUCCUGGGCUCUCCGCAUGACCCAGCUGCUCAACUCGACCGGUAUUCUGAUAUGCCUCGAAUUUCCCACGCACAAGCCUCCCAAGUCUGGCGGUCCGCCGUGGGCACUGCCAUCCGUCGUGUAUACCGAGUCUUUCAAACGUCCGGGCGAGGAGUUACAGUACGACGAGGAGGGCAAGGUCAUUGAGAGUGACAGGCCCGAAAGCGACAAUGCUUUGGUCAGGAUCGCGUAUUGGAGGCCAGAGAGGACGCAUGAUGUUGGCAUUAUAAACGGUGACGUGAAGGAUCGCGUCAGUGUGUGGAAACAUAAGUGA